AUGUCUCUCCGCAUUGCUCCCCCAUCCGGCUUCGCCGCCUCCACCUCCAACACCAACACCCGCCAACAACACAGCGCAGCCCGUCCCUCAAAGGGCGCCCCUUCGGCGCCGGGCCUCCCUGAUACCCUCCGCAACAAGAUCACCCUCCCCGCCAUCCCAUCCGCCUCCUCAACCAACAACCCCUCGGUAGCUGACAUCCCAGCUUCGUCACACCCACUCGAAGCCCGCCUGCUCGCCUGGCGCGCUACCCAAGAGCAACUGAAGAUGGAAGGUCUCCGACGAGCAUACGGUAUCGCGGAGCCCGUCCGCCGCGGCAUGGAGCUGAAGAUUGUUCGUGAUAGCACCUUCCGUCCCGCCGUGCUGGGUGGUAUGAAGGGCGGUAACGUCCACGAGGAUAUCCUUGUGCUUGGUGGCCGUGAUGCGGAGAUUGGCUGGGAGGAUAUUUUCCAGGGCGACGAGUUCCGCGAACCACCCACCUUCCACGAUGAGAUGGAGAAGCGCCUCAAAAUGGACUUUUAA